AGUCAGCUGCUGCCGCGCAUGCGCAGAGUCUAAACCCAGCAGCUGAACCUUGUGUCAAAACACAGAGGGAAAAUCAGCGGCAGCGAGAGAUCUCACCCCGAUUUCAGCUCCAACUCAAUCUUUUUGGGGGGAAGAAUUUGUCGAUACAAAAGUGUUUAUCACUGACGUUAGCAUACCAUGACCGAACAAUCAGCCUUACUUCUUCGAAAACAACUGGCAGGUAAUAAAACACAACGUUUUUGAGUUAUUGUUGCCCGAUAUGUGAGCUGUGAAGAUAGCGGCUAACGUUAGCCCCUUUUUGUAGCUACGCAAAGCUAUGUUUACGCCGUGGGAGUUAGCUCAGAAAGCAAACCAAACGACAGUAAAGACACCCUUUUCUCUCUGCGACACUAUGUAGAGAGGCUUGUUUGGUUUGCUGUGUUAUAAAGGACAUCUAUCCAAGUAUCCCUGUCUGUAUCAUAUCUGUACCGACACUCAAUCGCAACGCCAACCUCUGCUAGCGGGUUAGCAAGUUCGACAUUAGUUAGCAGACGGAACAAAGGAAUAAUCAAUACGGGACUCAUCUGCUGCGAUGAUUUUAGCCGGGCUCAUGUCUGCUGUCUUUAAUUAUAGGUAUUUAUACGCAGACAGAUAAACUUCUAUACCUGAAGGAGCCGUAUAGAAAUGAGGAAUUGGACCUCUUCAUUAUAAUACAAUCGCAGGUUUGUCAUGUCAGAUCAGACUGCAGCGCUGCUUAGUUAUCGGCUUUUAGUGAGAACACGCACCUCACUGUCAAAGACCUGAUAACAGUGAAAACUUAUCGAUCUGAUGUUGGCUUUUAGAUUUGACAAUACCCUCAACUAAAGGUUUAGAUUAUAGCAGUUGUGUUUCCUGUCAUAUUACUGUUAAUAGUACUAAUCCCCCCUGAUAUACAGGGUGACACUUAAACAAAUAAACCUCUAUAAAACAAAAACUCACCAUAAUAUACAUUUUCACGCCUAGCCUAUAAAGGUCAUGAUAAUUGUGGUUAUAGAGACAUUUAACGGUGUGAAAGCAAAUGAGCAGUUUGUUUAAGAUAUAAUAAAAUAACCUAUUUUGGCAAAAGGCGAGUGAUCUUAAAAUAUAUAACUUGUUAUUGUAAUAAACUCCUGAAUAGGAAAUUAACCGGGUUGCCUCCAGGUUAGGGAUGGACGAUAUGGGAAAAAGUUUAUCACAAUAAAUUUUUUUAAUAUCAGUAAAUAUCAAUAUAGAUCACGAUGUGAAAAAACACUAGUCAAUCUCAAAUGUUCCUGUGUCUCUUAAAUGAAAUUUAAAGAUAUCAUAUAUAUAUAUAUAUUUUUUUAAGUAUUUAUUUUCUGGCAAAGUUAAACAUGACAUAAUGUAACACAAAACUGUUUCAAACAGAUACACAACUCAAAUCAUUUUGAUGACAUUUCAGUUAAUAGACCUCAAUAAAGAAAAAAAAAACUCACCAUAAUAUAAAUUUUCAUGUCUAACCUAUGAAGGUCAUGAUGAUAGAGAGUUAACUGUGUGAAAGCUUUUGAGCAGUGUGUGUGGAACUAUUCACAGUAUAAUAAAACAACCGAUUUUGGCGAAAGGUGGGUGAUCUUAAAAUAUAUAACUUGUUGAAUAAAUUUCUGAAUAGGAAAAAAACAAAAACAAGGUUACCUCCAGGGUAGGGCUGGGCGACAUGGAAAAAAGUUUAUUUUUUUCAUCUCAGUUGUUAUUGAUCUAUAUCACAAUAUAAAAAAAAAUACUUGUCAACCUAAAUGUUCCCUGUGACUCUUAAAUGACAUUUAAAGAUAUCAGAUGGUUAAUUUUUAUUUAUUUGUUUUCUGUCAAAGUUGAACAUGACAUUAUGUAACACAAACAGAUUAUGUUUCAAACAGAUACACUACUCCAAAUAAAAUUGAAUUUGAACACUAAAAUCUUAAAGCUUAGGGGAGAAUACAACAAAAACAAAAAAGACAUUCUUUGGUCAAUGUCAGAUAAUAAGUGAAACUCCCCAUUUCAUGCUGGCUAUCGAUAAGCAUUUUGACUGUGUUUCAUAUCAGUAUCAAGGGAAAUUAAUUUUUGAUAUCAUUAUCGUUUUAUCUACUCCAGGGUGAGCAGAUAGUAUGAGAUGAUAAUCAGCAUAGUUCAUCUUUAUUAAUUUAUCAUAUAUUUUUUUUAAGUGAGCAGAAGACUGCAGCUAAAGUUAUCUAUUUUGAUCGUGUAUGGAAUACUGUGUUUGUAUACUGUGGCUUUGACAUCCUCUGACUCAAAGAACACAGCUUGCCACCCUCUUUUUCUAUAACGUACUGAGCAUAUUGUACUGGUUGUGCGAUAUGCUAAUUUUGGUUUCUCUGUGCGCAGGGAUGUGAAUCACUGCCUUCACUGUGGUUGAUUCAAUUCAGAUCGUCAAGUUAGUGAUUCAGUCCAACAGUGAUUUAUAUUUUUGGAAACCACGAUUUGAUUCACUGAGCGUCAGCCAAACAAUAGAUGUAUUGAGGAAGGUUAAAUGGAGAGAUUUAAACAUGAGAGUAACUACGACUUAAUUAUAUACAAUUAUACAAUGCCAAAAAUAAACUGCUGUCAUCUUUAUCAAAAAGAUUAUGCAAUAUAUCAAAGUAGAGAAGAGAAGGGUCUGUCUUUCUUGGCAUAUGUUGGGAGUAAGUUGUCUUUUUACUGUGUGUUGGCUGAUAUGAGUGUGGGAUGACUGACACCAACUCAGUGUGGCAUCAUGUCUGGUGGGUGAGUUUAUGGGGAGGGUAUAUUUUAUGUGUAAGUUUGUUGAUGAGAUCUGAUACAUAAUCUUCAUGAUUAAAUGUUUUUCUCAGACUUUACAUUGUUAAAAACUUGCAAUAAUGAGACACCGAUGGGUCUUGUAAAUUUGACGCUCAUCUUUGAUACCUUAUUAGGUCAUUAAAAUGAGUUGUUCAUAGCCACAAUUAAACACCUGGGUGAGAAUAUUCAAACGAGGCGUUUGUGUCAGUUAAUUAGGUAAUAAUUGCUGUUAAAUCAAACUAAAUAUGUGCUGCUACUUAAAGGUUGGAUUUUUGUUAUUAAACACACACAGGUCACCUUGACUUUAGGGCCCGAUCGAUAUUGAUUUCCUGGGAUAUGGAUUUUCAACUUUUUUAUGUAGUUAUAAUAUAUAUAUAUAUAUAUAUACUGUAGAAACUUGGACCAGAAAAGCGUUUUCAAGUACCCCCGCCAAUCAGUGCCUCUGUGUCUUAACUCAGCUGCCUCAGUAAGAGAAGUAGCUCGAUCACGUCAUGUGUACUGUUGUUUAUUCUACCGUUACUGGCACGGCUAGCAGUGUAGCAAGGCUAAUAGCAGAUGGCUAACUCUAACUUUAGCUUGCAUAUUACAUGGUGCUUCACCGUUAACUCGGUGCGACUGAGACCAGCACAGCGGGGAACAUCGUGAAGUGGGUUGAACAGAAACUUGUUGACUUAUUGUGUAUUUCACAAACUGGUUUAUUUACCGUUGAGGCGGACCACUCUCCUCUGUGCAUCCCUGAGCUGCCUGCUUCAGAUCCGUCACUCUGCUGUGCUGUGAGGUAGUUAGUGGAUUAAGAUUGUCAUGAGGUCGCUGCGCCAUCUACAGGAUAAGUCAGGGGACCUUUUUAAAUAGUGAAACAUUUUCGAAGUGAAACUGAAUCUUAUUCUCUGCAUUUUAUUUCUGAAAAUAUCGGCGAAAAUCGGCGCGUUUUGGCCAAUUACUGAUUAGUCUCAAACGGGCUAAAAGCGGACGAUUGAAUUGGUUUGCCAAUAAAUCGGUCGGGCCCUACUAAAUAUGUCCUGCUGCUACUUUAAGGUUGGAUUUUGUUAUUAAACAGACACAGGUCACCUUGACUUGUACCUUUAAUCUAACCUUUAACUAUGUAAGUUAUUUUGACGUGUUAUGGUGUUGCAGGUGGUAUGAUAGGUGUAGCUACCAUAUUGUGCUUUUCCAUGUUGAGUUUUAGUUCUACAGUUUCGAUUUACAUUUGCCAAUCUCAAAUUUCAAGACUAGUUUUGUGGUUUUUGCGCCCUCUAUAAGCUGCAUCAUAUUUUGAGUGUGGCUUUAUCAAACUAGACUGAUUGGUCUAUCAGUUUUUGUUAUUACCACUUUAAUAGCUAACCUCCUUAUUCUGGCCUUUGUGUGUGUCAAAAGAAGUGACUUUGUUCUUGUCUGCAACAUGCCACUCGAUCUUAACUUUGUUUUUCCUGUCACUUUACAUUGAAUUCAUUUGGUUCCUAAUCUGUCAUACCUAACAAACUCUUCGCCUCUCUUUCCAGAGCUCAACAAGAACCCAGUGGAAGGCUUUUCAGCUGGUCUGAUAGAUGAUGAUGACAUAUAUAAAUGGGAAGUUGUGAUCAUUGGUCCACAAGAUACCCUUUUGUAAGUGAGAAACAUUUCUACAACUCCACAAAAAUCAGUGUGUAUAUUUACUGCACAUCUAUCAUAAUAGGAUUUCUCAAUUGUCCUUUUUUUUUUGUAUUUCAGUGAAGGAGGAUUCUUCAAAGCGUACCUUACAUUUCCUUAUGAUUAUCCACUACGGCCUCCAAAGAUGAAGUUCAUCACUGAAAUAUGGCACCCAAAUGGUAAAGGCAUCAUUAGACUCUUUGAUGUUGGAGUUAUCCUCAAUAUUUGCAGCUUUUCAGGGUGAUUUCUGAGGUAUUUGUGAAGCCUUUGAGGGGUUUAUAUGAAGAUCGCUGCAGCUAAAUUGAGGUUUCUAUCCUUCACAGUUGCAAAGAACGGGGAUGUUUGCAUCUCAAUUCUGCAUGAGCCGGGUGAAGAUAAGUUUGGUUAUGAAAAGCCUGAGGAGCGCUGGCUUCCAAUCCACACAGUAGAGACAAUCAUGAUUAGUGUUAUCUCCAUGCUAGCAGACCCCAACAGCGACUCACCAGCUAAUGUUGACGCUGCGGUGAGUUUCAACCACUUACCCUCCUCCUGUAAUUACAGAUAUCUUAAUUAGCUCCUGAAAUAAACCCACCCAGUGUCGCUUACAAAAUCUGGUUUUGCUCCCACAGAAAGAAUGGAGGGAGGACCCUAAUGGCGAAUUCAAGAGGAAGGUGGCCCGCUGUGUAAGAAAGAGUCAAGAGAUGGCAUUUGAUUAGGAGUCAAUUGUAAAUUCCAGGGUGAGUACUAGGAAAUGUUCUGCUCAUAUGGACAGAAAAAAACUUUGGGUAACACUUUAUUUGACGCCUAUCUCUAUAACGCAUUAUAAAUAUAUGUAUAAUGCAUUAUAAUCACGUUAUAGCACUGUAUAACUAUAGUUAUGAACACUCAUAAAUGAUCAUAAUGCUUUAUAGCAAUAAUCAUAACACAUUAUAAAGCAUUUCAUCAUGACUUACAAGGUCAGGUAUUAUAAUGUGUUAUGCUUAGCCUCAUGAUAGUUAAUGAGUGUUUAUAAUGAUAGUUAUACAAGUUUAUAAGCAAAUUAUAACACAUCAUAAAUAUAUAUAAUGCAUUAUCUAUGUGGGCAUUGUCAGUGAGUUGUUAACAGUUAUAACACAUUAUAAUACCUGACCUUGUAAGUUAUGAUAAAAUGCUUAAUAAUGUGUUAUGACUAUUGCUAUAAAGCAUUAUGAUCAUUUAUGAGUGUUUAUUACUAUAGUUAUACAGUGCUAUAACAUGAUUAUAACACAUUAUACAUAUAUUUAUAAUGCGUCAUAUAGAGAGAGGCGUCAAGUAAAGUGUUACCAAACUUUCUUAUGGAGGUAGUAAUUUUGUCUCAUUUUUUCAGUUCAAGGAAAUGCCUUCAGAGGGAAAAUUUCAGCAAAAGGCUUUUGCACCCCUUGUUUUGCCAGUCAAAGGAAUUGGUUGGCCUCAACCACUUUUCUGUGAACGGUUGUCUUUUUCCGCAAGAUGAGCCAAUUUGAAAACCCCCCUACCAGCGAAAUUAACCUGUUUCCUACCUGGAAUUGUAUAUUUAAUGUUAUUUAUUUUGAAAAAAUAAUGAUGUAAGAUAUGUCACUACUGUAAAUUAACUUGCUUUUUUAUCUGCUGCUGAACAGUUUCUACUUUAUACCAGGUUUCUUAUGCAAUUUAGUGGUCAAGAUUGUGUAAAACAAAACGUAAAAACCCGUUCUACCAUUAGGUCAUCACUUGUUAUCCCCACUUAACACUUGCCACCAGAUAAAUGUCGGCCCUUACAGAUUUCUGUCACUUGAUGUGGAUUUUUUUUUCUUCUUUCAACUCUGUCAUAUACUCACUGUUGCCUUGUGUCGGCUUCACUUCCUCACAGUGUGCUUGUUGUUUAGAGGUCCGGGUUAAGAAAUUAUAGAGGGGGCUAACUGUAAGAGUUUCCAAACAGUCUUAAUUGUUCUGAGAAAGACUCUGUUUGUGUGAUAGUUAUGCUGGUAGGUAUAAAACCAUAACUCUCAAACCUGCAUGAUCCCCUCAGCAGCUCUGUUAUGUAUUUUUAGCUAUAGAUGUAAAUGGAAUGGCUUUCUCAGUGAUUUGAGGGUUAUCGUUUUAUCAUUUACUGACUUGCACAAGCAUAACUAAAGAGAACAGAAGGUUUUUGCCAACUUCUCAGGAGCACACUUCAUUGGGUUUUAGAUUAGUAGUCUUUAAAAAAGAUCUCCUAUCAUUCUUGACCCUUCCCCUUAAUAUAAGGUGAGUAAAGUUAUCUGUUGAUUAUCAUUUAAGAAUAAUGUCUUUUCACACUGUUGUAAUAAAUCAUGGGCAACCAAAUACAGUCUGUGAAAAAAGCCUCAGCUGUGCUUAUUUAGUGUGUGUCCUGUUUAACUGAUACCCAAGCUUACCUCAAUUUGAACGGAUAACACAUUUGACAAGAAUUACGCUUUUUUUUUUGUUUUAGUUCUUAAUCUAUCAACACAGUAGAGUUAGAUUUGUCAUACAUAUUUUGUUUUGGCACACCUCGUGUCCAGCGUGUGGAGAAAUAAUGAAUUUAGAUUCAGGUGGAGGCUGAGUAACGCUUUUUAACUCUUCAACAUCUGUAGUCCAGAUUGGUGCAUACCUAGAUUUUACUUUUCCCAUUUACUUCAUCAUUGAAUCUUGAGUUUUAAUUCUUAUGUUAAUUCACCAUCUUGUUAAAUAUCAGUAAGUGUUCUAAUGGGAAAUAAAAACCUCCCGGGAUCAGGUUGAUUUUAAAAAACAGUCCAUCCCGGGUUGAGUCGAGGAAACUCUGGCUUGUGCUCACUUUCAUCGAUAGUGUUGCUGAAUAUAAAGCCAUGAUGACGUCUGUUUUGGAACAAUGUUUAAUAUUGAUCUGUGACUGACAUUGAAAACUAGCUUACCAUCUUUUGGCGCAUGCAAUCAGGUUUGAAGGGGUUGGGUAUGUUUAAAUAUUAUACCAUUGUUUGUACAUUCUGGGUGAAUGUGAUGUGUACAGUCGGUAGAUUUCUGUAGAUUUGAUGAUCACAUAACUGCUGUUGACAUUACCUUUUUAAGUCAGACUUUUCUAACCUACCAUGACCUCCUCUGACCGGUGUUCACUGUAUUUGCACAGAUUCGGUGCGUUUGAAAAUGUCAUUAAGCAAUACGCCCUGAAAAUGGUGUGUCCAGGUAAUCCACCCUAACGCCAUUUUUUUUUUUCUGUUUGUUUGUUUUUGUUUUUCAUUUUGUGUCAAUGCAAUGUAUAUUGGACAUGAUGCUCAAUAAAGUGUGUAAACAGACUGGC